AUGGCAUCCCGCGCCCACCGCCCCGCACUCACCGCCGACGCACACCGCCGCACAUCCGAGAAGCGCGAGUACUACGGCUUCGUCGUCUAUCUCGGCUCUUUCGUCGCUUUCGCUUCAUACCUCCUCUGGGCCCUCUGUUCAGACGACCUCCUACACGCAUUCGGUGUCUCCUACUACCCCACCCGAUGGUGGGCCCUCGCCCUCCCAGUCCACUUCCUAGGCUGGAUCCCCUUCAUCCUGCUCAUGUUCACGGGCAUCAAUAUGUGGCGCACGCCCGCUUUGGGCUCGUUGGAUACCGUUUCUGACACUCACGCAAACCACUUCUCGGUCCCCCUCGACCCCGCCAAAAUCGCAAAGCUAUGUGGGCAGGACUCGAUCCCCGAGAUCGAGGAUAUGCCCAUCUCGUUUGUCAAUCGAUUGCUCUAUGGAUGAUGAGUGUCAUCAUUCCGCUCCGUUGUAUAUACUGUGUAGUACCAUUUUUGGGAUCAUAAACAGCCCAGUUCCCCAUGGUCGCCGAUACAUGGGGACCCUCUUCCUUCCAUUAUAAGCAAGCCAAAUGUACAAUCUAUCCCACAGAACAUGCGGGGGCACUUACUCAAUGGACAGGGAGAAAAAAGCUCUAUGGGAAACUCAAUACCAAAACUCCUUACAUUCCCCUCACAGUGGAACAGGAUUGAAAGAAGACAUACUACGGAAAGGAAAAGGGGUACGCCUGGGUGAGGAAGGGUAUUUCACUU